AAGCCCCUGAAGCACGCAGGUGGCCGGGAGAGCGGCCCGGAGAGGAGCAGCGAGGAGUUCGUGCCCUGCAGGACAUGACACAAGUGGCACAUUACGGCCAUGGGGUCUCAGCAUUCUGCCUCUGCUCGCCCCACCUCCUGCAAGCGAAAGAAAGAUGACAGGGAGGAUUUUUUGGCCGAACGAGAGCAGGAAGAAGCCAUUGCUCAGUUCCCAUAUGUGGAGUUCACUGGGAGAGAUAGCAUCACCUGCCUCACGUGCCAAGGGACAGGCUACAUUCCAACAGAGCAAGUAAAUGAGUUGGUAGCUUUGAUCCCACACAGUGAUCAGAGAUUGCGCCCUCAGAGAACUAAGCAGUAUGUCCUCCUGUCCAUCCUGCUCUGUCUCCUGGCAUCUGGUUUGGUGGUUUUCUUCCUGUUUCCACAUUCAGUCCUUGUGGACAAUGACGGCAUCAAAGUGGUGAAGGUCACAUUUAAUAAGCAGGAGUCCCUUGUAAUCCUCGCCAUUAUGGCCACCCUGAAAAUCAGGAACUCCAACUUCUACCCUGUGGCAGUGACCAGCCUGUCCAGCCAGGUUCAGUACGUGAACACAGUGGUUGGCACAUAUGUGACUUCUAACGUCUCCCUCAUUCCACCUCGUAGUGAGCAACUGGUGAAUUUUACCAUGAAGGCUGAGAUGGGAGGACCAUUUUCCUAUGUAUACUUCUUCUGCACAAUACCUGAAAUCCUGGUGCACAACAUAGUGAUCUUCAUUCGGUACGUCACCCUUUUCCCUAUCCCGAUGGCCUUGGUGUUUGAGCCUGGACCAUCAGGUUAUGCGAGCUUACCACCUUUGCUCAGAAGAUCCCUAUGCAACCCACAAGGCAGAAGCAUCGGGCCAAGGAGGGAAUGCCUUGCAGGCACAGAUACAGUAGACCCUUGGUGUUCUCUAGAUGCAGUGUCCAUAUCCCCUUCACAAGUCACCAGAUUCACAGUGAACAAUUGAACACUACAGAUACUCCUCAAUUUACAAUGAAGUUAUAUCCUGAUAAACCCAUCAUAGGUUGAUAAUCUCAUAAGCCGAAAAUGCAUUUAACACACUAAGCUACCGAACAUCAUAGCUUAGCCUAGCCUACCUUAAAUGUGCUCAGAACACUUACAUUAGCCUACAAUUGGACAAAAGUAUUAACACAAUGCCUGUUGUAAAUAAAGUGUUGAAUAUCUCAUGUAAUUUAUUGAAUACUGUACUGAAAGUGAAAAACAAAAUGGUUGUGUGGGUACUCCAGGUACACUUUCUACCAAAUGCAUUUCACACCAUUGUAAAGUCAAAAAAUCAUAAGUUGAGCCAUCAUAAGUCAACAACUAUCUGUAAUUUUCUCCAUGAAAUGGGAUUUAGUUUAAGUAAACACAUUGUGAUCCCUUUAGAAUCCUAAUGAGACCGGUAAUGAGCAGAAAAGCCUUCUUAAGGUGUAAGUACUCAGCAUUUGACCAGACUGACUUUCUUGCCACACAAAUUACCACGUCAUGGUCCUUUGGGGUUAUUCCUAGAAUCAUGACUGUUAAAUUUUCGGGUACAAGGAUCUGCUGUGAUUAUUUGAAAUAUGAGAGGUUAGAGCAGGGUUUCUCAGCCUUGACACUAUUAACAUUUUGAGCUAGACGGUUCUUUACGGUAGGUGGGGCUAUCCUGUGUAUUGUGGGAUAUUUAACAACCUCUCUGACCUCUACCUAAAUAGAUGCCAGUAACACCACUCCUUCUGCCCUUCAGUUCUUCCUUUAUUUAUUUUUUUUAAAAGA